CGAGACGAGCCCGCAUGCGAAGGAAGGUUGUCUAGCCACCCGGUACCUUCUUUCAGCUUUGGGAAGUAGUCGAAUGUAGCUAACCGCUGCCGGUUUGAUACAAUGUCCUCUCCAAACGGUCCCAAUGCUUGCCCCGCCGCUGAGGCGGCUGAGAUACUACCCGACGUCAAGAAUAGCGACAACGCUGCCGCCGUACACUCCCCCCAGCUCCCCAUUACCAGCCCAUCGCCACCUGCGCAUCACGAUGCUCAUGCAGCCGUCGGCAAGGGUCCCUCUGAGCCGCAGCACCGUGCUGCUCCCCAAAGCAAAGGCCAAGGGGGUGACACGGCCACAGGGGUCUCCCUCGGCAAGAAGCGAAAGCGCCGAGGAGGAGGAACAAAGCCAGAUGAUACUAGCUCGAAGGAGGGCGGCGGUGGUUCAUCAGAGGUGUCAACGUUUGGUGCUGAGACGAUGAUGAAGCGCGUGACGGUGUCUGCGGACGUGGCUGAGCUCCUGCGGGCCAUUGAGUCGCCCCUUAGGUCGGUGCUGGGGCUGGGCAUCUCGCUGACACGCUCAGAAGGGCCCGAUGACGCUUGGUAAGGACGCCCACAUCAAACAAAUCAUGCACGAACGAAUGGAAUGGGUGGAUAUUGUAAUAAUGAUUCCAUUGCGUGUUCUUCUCUCUCUGUGGCCCCUGCCCUGCAGCCACCUGGUGAUAACCGACGCCUCCCUGCAGGUCUCCCCCCUCCACCGGCACAUCGGUGCCGCCCACCUGCCACCCACAGAGCGGGCAUACACCCUCAUCCGGUGGCUCGAGCACCUCGCCGCCCACCCAUCCUUCACCACCGACCCCAUCUCGCUGGCAAUGGAUCUGCAGAGGUGGCGGCUGGCGCGUGUGGGGGGCGUGAGCGGCCCACUGGAGGAGAUAUUCGCGAAUGGGAAGGGGUGGUGCGAGAGGGAGGACAUCCGGUUCGAGGGCGGGUGGGGGGACGGGUGGCAGGAGGUGGUGACGAGAGUGAGGCAGGAGGCCGACAUGGCCACGCUCGAGAUCAUCGGCACGGAGGUCCCCACGGGCUUCCUGGCACAGGUCAGUCAGUCAGUGAGUGAAUACACUGAGGGCGAGAGUGGGAACGAAUGGCGACCGGCACUGGUGUUGAUGUGUUGGUUGAUGUGUUGAUGUGUGUGGUUCAUUCAGGGUACUCCGUCGUCAUUGUCGAAGGGUGUGAGUGCGUUGUGGUCGCAUCUGACGGCGGGGUGGGAGGUGCGGGCCCUGCAGAUGCCGCACUACCUCAGGGACGUCUUCAGACACUUCUGGAGGCAGGCCGGCCAGUCGCCCAACGAGCAAAGUGUGUGAGCAACUAACUACUCAUUAAUGGAUUGCAUGUGGUUGGUUGCAACGGAAGGAAUCGACUCGAUCAUCUGAUUGAUAUCUUUCUCUCUCUCCCCGUCUGACCAUGUGUGUGUGUGUGUGAUGGUUCAGUGCUCGUCUGGACGAUAGACGGCAGCGGUGAGGGCGACUUGUUGCCCCCGCCCCUCCUGGACGAGUCUGUCGAGGGCCUCGUCGUGGAGGCGCAGCUCCUCAACGCACUCAGGCUGGACGUCAACACCGAACUCAUUCACAACAGGGCCGCCACCGCCACACAGGUCAGAAUAUGACUGACGAACGAACAAACGAACGGAUCAAUCCAUCCGUUGUGUCUCUGUGUGAGUGUGUGUGUGUGUGUGUGUGUUUGUCACGUGCAGGAGGUGGCAACCCGUUCGCUGCCAUCCUACUGCCACCCGUGGCAGUCCCACUUCGCCCCCAGCCUCCCCUCGCCCGCCUUCAUAUGGGUGGGCCUGGCCGGCCCCCCAAAAGCCCUCGCGCGCCUCCACAAGGAGUUCCUCGAGACUCUCCCAUUCUGGCACUGCCUCCAGCUGCCCAUCCCCCUCCCGCCCAUCCCCCCUGACACCCCCAGCCUCAUCAAGGCCCUUCAGAGCGAGCCCUUCACCGACCUGCUGGACGCCGUGCUCCACACGCAUCACGUGUGCGGCAAGGUGUACCCGCCAGUAUCGGAGUCAUCGUGGGUCAGGGCGAGGCAGAGCGGUGGCGGGUGCGGCGGCUACGGUGAUAGCGAUGGGCCGUGCAUGCACCUGAUGCUCGACCGCAGCAACUGGGGCGAGGGGGAGGGUGAAGCCGAUCGCACACUGGUGAGGGAGACAGACAGAGACAGAGACAGGGAGAGAGCGGACGGAGGCUCAUAGGCGCGAUGUGUGUUGUGUAGAACUUCCUCAUGAACGGCCCAGUGCUGUCGGCCCGUGGCGAGCUCGAGACAGCUGCGAGAGCGAUGGUGUACGCCAUGUGUGGGCAGCCCAAGGCGCUCCUGCGGCUGGAGGCCAGGUAUGCCGAGGAGGUCGGCAGGUCCCGCAUGAGGCGGGGAGACUUCACCAAGGCCACGCUUGUCAGCGAGUGGCUGGCUCUGGGCGGCCCGGGGGGAGAGGGUGGGGAUGUGGGCGUGGGCGGCGGGGCCGCGGUGGACGACACACUGGACCAGCUGCAGCGGGAGAACGCCGCCAAGCACCUGAGGGAUGGGCUCAGCAUCGGGCUGCACCUGGCAAAGGUCAGUUCCUUUAUCUGCCGGAGGGAACAAAGCUCCAUCUCGUGUGUGCGCACUCUUCUUCUUGUUUGGGGUAAUUGUGGUCAGAUGUGUCGUUUGGCGGGUUUGGUGUCUGAGGAUUACUACCAGCAGGCGAAGCGGCUCAUGAAGGACCAGUGGCACGGACGCACUCCUGCCGUGCUCAUGCGUAAGUCAACACACACACCCCGCACACACGCUCACACCCACAAACCUUGGCAACCCAUCUUCUGCUCUUGCCUAUACCUCCCUCAGUGGGCGACCAGCAGCCGUCGAUCAACAUGUCCGACGGCCCCAGCGAGCCCUCCCUCACCGUCACCCAGCCACCCCUUCCCCUCUCGCCCGAGCUAGCACCGCAGCCACACACCCAAGCCCCGCAGCCACAUAGCCCCCCCGAUAACCAGCCAUCACCGGAGCAGCUCCCCGACCCCAACACACAACAGCCGCUUCCAGAAGAUCAUCCGGAGGGAGGGAGAGAGGAAUGUCGGCAGGACAAGACAUCGCCCAAGAAGAGGCGAUGGGACGUGAGGCCGCCAUCCCCCGUGAGCAUUGAGCCGCCACCGUGCUCACCGGUACAGUCUCGCCUGCCCUCAAGGUCGCCCCCAUCGCAGCCUCGUGGACGGCGGUCGCCACAACAGCCGUCUAGAUCGCCCCCCUGCCGGGUGCGCCCACCCCGACUCUGCCACCGCACCAGCCAGCGUCAGCGCCAGGACCAGCGGAGCAUGUCGCCCAUCACAGACGCAGCUGCGCGGCAGGAACCAAGACGUGCUGCUGAGCCCCCGCCCGUCCGCACACGUAAGGAGCUGCCCCCUCUGCUGCCCACACCACGACAUGCGCCUAGAUAUUCACCGAGAUGUAGCCCUAGCCCAGUGCCGUUCUCCGGUGAUCGUGGUCAGCGAGAUGCGAAGCGCCGGCGGCUGGGUGAUGCGGCCAUUGUCCCGUUCUCAUCGUCCCGGCGACGGGGUGAUGCAGGUGGUGGGGCGAGGGCGCCAUCACCACGGGCUGGGAGGCCGUCGUGGGACGUCGUGAGGGGGGAGCGGCCGGGUAGUGAGGGGCUGGCGAGCGACGAAACAUGGACGCUGGCGAGCGAGACGCCUCGCCACUCGGGUGGAUCUGGGUGGAGGGGGAGAGGGAGAGGGAGGUGGGGAGGGAGAGGGGACGGGGAGCACCGCAGUAACAACUUUGGCCGAGGUGGUCGUUAGCGAAGAUCGAUGGAUGGAUGGAUGGAUGGACGGACGGAGAGAGGGCGAGAGAGAUGCUGACAGAUGAGAUAGACAGGGGCGUGUGUGCCGACGGGCAGCGACUCAUGGGUAGCUUAGCUUAGCUUGCUUAACAAUUAGUUAAGGGAGAGGGGCGCAUUGGUGGCGCUGUGUGUGUGUGUGUGUGUGUGCAAAGGUCUGGCUGGUGCAUUCAUUGUGUCUAUCUAAGCGCAUGUCUGUCUGUCUGUCUGUCUGAAUCUGUCUGUGUACUGUACAUACGACCGAGCGGGCGGGACGCACAAAUGCAGGUCAGGUGUGCCGACUCGAUGGAGUGGACGGGCACAGGCCUGCUUUUUGGCUUUGGCUCUGGCUUGGCUUUGUCGUGCGCUACACAAUGCUCCUUUUUGUGAUGCUAUCGUGCUCAUCAUGCUUAUGGACGUGUUGUCCAUGAGAAGAAAGGUGCUUUCUGCCGCUUUCAGAACGGCCACCGAGAGAGAAGACAG